AUGGAAUAUAACAUAUCACACAAUGGAACUGAGAACUUCCACAACAGGACCAGUCUUCCAGAACAUCGUGGCACAACUCCUCUAGGAGUGUUCUUGAUGAUCACCGUAACUCUACUUAUCUGCCUUUUGGGACUUGUGGGAAAUGGAGCCACCAUCUGGCUUCUCAGGUUCCACAUUAAGAGAAAUAAUGUCACUCCUUACUUCUUGAACCUCUCCAUUGCUGACUUUGGGGUGCUCACAGGUCUCAGUGCUAUUGAUAUAUAUUGGCUUAUAGCCGAGGUUAGUCAUACUGAAUAUGCUGAUCCACUAAAGUCAUUAUUUCGGACUCUGUUCUUGUUCAUGUACAGUACUGGUUUAUGCAUCCUGACUACUAUCAGCAUUGACAGGUGCCUGGCGGUUUUUUUCCCACUUUGGUAUCGAUUCCACCGUUUCCCACAAACUUCCACCAUUGUAUGUACCAUAAUAUGGAUCUGCAACUUCCUGUUUUCUGCUCUGCAUAUCACUCUCUUGUUAACCACUGGAUAUUACCUGCUAAGGUUCUACCAAUUUCUCCUGAAUGCCCUAUUUCUCACUCCAGUUAUGACUAUCUCCACAGCAGCCCUUUCACUGAAAGCCUGUUCAAUGCCUUCUCAUCAUAAGCAAGGAAAACUUUGGACUACCAUCUUGCUCACUCUCCUCUUUUUUCUCUUUUUUGCUUUCCCAAUGAAUGCUGUUCAGUAUCUCUCACUGUAUCUUCCCCAGUUUGACAAUCCUUAUCUCUAUGAGUAUGCCUACAUUUGUUCUUCCCUAAAUAGCACCAUUAACCCACUCAUCUACUUUCUGGUAGGAAGAGACAAGAAAAGACCAUCUGAAGUGAAAAUCAGGAUGAUAUUUGAGAAAGCUUUUAAGGAAGAGGAAACCCAUGGAGAGGAACUUGAAGCCUCAGUCACAACCUAA